AUGCUUGCACCAAGCAAGGAGACAUCCAUCCAGAGCCACCUUCCUGUCCAUACUUCCUCUCAGCCUGUCCAGAUUCUUGCCACCAUGUUGAGGGACCUUCAAAUCGUGGGAGAUACUCCAGAUACCGCCACUACUGCUGCUGAUCCCAUGCCUACCACUACCACCUGUACUGUCCAGCAAAAUUCUGUUCCCAUCAACAACACAGCAGCGGCAUUGGCUAUUGUGCCCACUACAGCAAACGAGCUGCUUCUUCUGGCAGCGCUUCUGGAAUCACAAAGCCAGAACCUUUGCACUGAAGUCCACACAUUCAAGCUCCAAGCAUCCAACAUCCUCAACGAAGCCUAUGCAAAGCAGCUCUGCACAAAACUGGCGGCACGAGAAGAGAAGUGCAAUAAGAAGAAGACCAUCAAGCUGGUCGGUGAUGGUCUGGCUUGGCUUUUGAGUGGGGAUGAGUUCUACGAGCUAGCGCAGCAGAAAGAGAAGGAGAUGUGUGAGGUUGCAAGGGAGAAGGAGAUGCGUGAGGUUGGGAGGGAGAAGGAGAGGAAGAAGGAUGGCAGAGCAUUGUACAAGGCAGCUGUUGAGGAAUGGGAGGUUGUUGAACAGGAGCGAAAGGAUGCCAAGGCCGUCAAAGCAUGGGAGAAGAAAUGGGAUGCUGCAAAGGCAAAGGGAACAUGCUUCACCUUAAUCAAACCAAAGGGGGAUCCAGCCCUGAAAGCCACCCCAAAGCCGAAGUUGAAGGACUUUCUGGGUGGCGUAGCUGAGGAUCAAGAACCUGAGCGCAGUGGUGACAACACUGACGAAGGGGGGGGGGGGAAGUGCAAGUUUUCACCUCAGCCACCCCCCAAUUCCUUUGCCCUGCUCUCAAAUCUUGCUCAUUUCUUUUAA